AGGCGCGGGGCGGCCUGCCGGCGGGCGGCGCCAUGCCGCUGUGGCUGCGGGAGCGCAGCUGGCGGCAGAGCGGCUCCGCCGUCUUCCUCUCGCUGCCCGUGCCCGGCGUGCGGGUCACCGCCGCCAACAUCUUCUGCACCGACCGCUACCUCAAGGUCAGCGUUCCUCCCUUUUUAUUUGAAGCCAUCUUGUACGCUCCUAUUGAUGACACAAAGAGCACAGCAAAGAUUGGAAAUGGCAUGGUGUUCUUCACUUUGUAUAAAAAGGAGGUGGGCCUGUGGGAUUCCCUGACUCUAGAGAAUGCUAGUAAGGAGGAACUGCAAUAUCUAAGAGAGAAUGCUGUUCUAAAAGCCCAUGAAAAGGCAAAAGAGGAGGCAGAAGCAAAAAAAGUUAUAAAACAAGAACAUAAAAAAUAUGCUUUGGAGGCCACAAUGAAGCUAGAAGAAGCAGAAAGAAAAAGAAUUGAAGAGCUGAAAGAACAGGAGCGGCAGAAAGUCACUAAGGAGUUGGAGUUGUGGAAAAAUCAGCAGAAAGAUCUUGAGAAUCCAAAGAAGGUACAAAAAGAAGAGCAACUACAUGGAGAAACAGAGCAACUAAAGGAAAAGAAAAAGGAAAAAGUUAACAAAACUAACAUUCCUAGUGAAGAAACUUUGAAGGCCAGCCUCAGACCUACAAAAGGUCGUGGUUCCCAUAGUAUGUUUUCAGAAAAUUUAAAGGAAGAGCAACUACCAGCUCCUCGAUCUUCUGGUACAAUUAAAAUCAACUUCACGUCACGAGUUUUUCCUACAGCCCUACGAGAAUCUCGUGUAGCAGAAGAGGAGGAGUGGCUACAUAAACAAGCAGAAGCGCGAAGAUUAAUAAGUGCUGAUUUGUCUGAGCUGGAAGACUUAAAAGAAGAGGAGAAGAAUCCAGACUGGUUAAAGGACAAAGGAAACAAAAUGUUUGCAACAGGAAACUAUCUUGCAGCUGUAAAUGCAUAUAACCUUGCAGUCCGGCUAAACAAUAAGCUUCCACUACUGUAUCUGAAUCGUGCUGCUUGCCAUCUUAAACUGAGGAAUUUACACAAAGCCAUUGAAGAUUCCUCUAAGGCACUAGAAUUGCUCAUACCACCUGUUCCUGAUAAUGAGAAUGCUCGAGUGAAAGCAUAUGUGAGACGUGGUACAGCCUUUUGUCAGCUGGAAUUAUAUGCUGAAGAACACUUUUGAACACUCCCCUCCUCUGUAAUUCCUCUAUCCAGUAUGCUUAUUUUUUUUUUAAUUUAGACUGAUUCUGAUGUAGAUUGGGUAGAAGUGCUCAUUUGUCUAUUUAUUAACUGAAUGGCACGUUUUCAACAACUGCACGACUGUCUGCGGGUAGGAGCCCUAAACUUCAAAAAGUCUUUACACAAAAGAAAGCAGUUAGUUGAUGUGCGUGUAUGCACAGCUGUGUGAAUGAGCGGCUCUGUUUUCAUAUUUUGGUAUCUGAAAAUAUGUACUAGUGAUGUUUCCACUAAAAUGUUUUUAAUAAUAUAAGCAAGAUAUAAAUUUGAUUUACUGAUGAAAGUAAAUCCUAUUGUCAUUCUGAUCUGUCUUGCUCAACAGCAAAACUCAAGAGCAAUACUUUAUGCAGGUGACUGGGAAAAGUUACUUCCAGUUAGUUGCUAAAGAGGAAAACACUCUUGCAUUAAUGACUGACAUUCUUAUAAAUGUGUCCAUAUUAGGUCUCCAGGAUUACGAAGCAGCUCUCAAGAUUGAUCCUAAAAAUAGAACUAUAGAAAAAGAUGCAGAGAAGAUUCGACACAUAAUUCAAGGAACAAUGCAAAAUUCAUAAAAAAAAUCAAAAUUAAGGAGGAACUUUUUGAGAGAGGUGCCUUUUGAGGGCAUCAGAAGGAGCCUUAGUUCAUGUUCCCUUUGAUAUGUUGUUAACUAGACAUUUUUUUGUUUCACUUGGAGCACUGACAGAAUUUAUAGAAUUUAUAGAAGAUCAGAUAUAUGAAUUAAUAUUUUUUGCAGGUGUGGUACUAUAACAAAUACAAUUAGAUAUACUGUAUAUCCUUUUGAUACGGAGUUGUCAUGUGUUUGCUUUCUGUGAUGUGUUGGUUAGGCUGAAUAAUAAAACAUACAUUUUGUACUCGA